CAAGCCCAGGCGGGCAGGCAGCAAGCAAGCAAGCCAGCCCCAGCCUCCUCCUCCUCCUCCUCCUCAGCUUGGAGUUGUGUGUGAGUGUGUCUUGUGUGAGCGCGUCUGCCUGUGUGGGUGAGAGGAGUGAGUGAGCGAGCCGGGAGAGGAGCUGGAGGGAGGAGAAGGGAGAAAGGACCGGGAAGAAAGGCCUCAGAGACACAGGGAGGGAGGCCUGGCGUGACUGCACUGUGGGUUGGUGUGGCUGCUGCGUUACUACCUCAGGAGGAGGAGGAGGAGGAGGAAAAGCAGCUGGCCCCAGGAUGAUGGAGGACGGAUUCUCCAGCUACAGCAGCCUCUAUGACACCUCCUCGCUCCUCCAGUUCUGCAACGAUGACAGUGCCUCUGCCGCAAGCAGCAUGGAGGUGACGGAUCGCAUUGCUUCGCUGGAGCAACGUGUUCAGAUGCAGGAAGAUGACAUCCAGCUGCUCAAGUCAGCUCUGGCAGAUGUAGUUAGGCGCUUGAAUAUUACAGAGGAGCAACAGGCCAUGCAGAACAAGAAAGGACCUACCAAAGCAAGACCCCUAGUACAAACACUGCCUUUAAAGACUACUGUUAAUAAUGGAACUGUUUUACCAAAGAAACCCAGUGGCUCCCUACCUUCGCCAUCAGGAACAAGGAAAGAAAUUGUAUCACCAGCAGCAAAAAGGUCUGUGAAUCUUCUCAAUGCAUGCAAACUGAAAAAAACUCCUUUAAGCACUGUCAAAAGAACCAACUCAACUGAACGAGUGUCUCCUGGAGGUCGAAGAGAAAGCUAUGGAGAUUCCAAAGGCACCCGCAAUCGAGCUGGAUCCACAAGCAGUUCAUCAAGUGGUAAAAAGAACAGUGAAAGCAAGCCUAAGGAACCUAUGUUCAGUGCAGGGAAGCGCCGUGUGACACAUUGCAAAGAGGAAGGAUAUGUUAAAAUGUUUCUGCGCGGACGUCCUGUUACCAUGUACAUGCCCAAAGACCAAGUGGAAUCUUACAAUCUGGAAGCAAAAGCAGAACUACCUACCAAGAGGCUUAAAUUGGAAUGGGUAUAUGGCUAUAGGGGUCGUGACUGUCGCAGUAAUCUGUACCUCCUACCAACGGGUGAAACUGUAUAUUUCAUUGCAUCUGUUGUUGUAUUGUACAAUGUUGAAGAGCAACUUCAAAGGCAUUAUACUGGUCAUAAUGAUGACGUGAAGUGCCUAGCAGUCCAUCCUGACAGGAUCACCAUAGCAACUGGCCAGGUUGCAGGAACAUCUAAGGAUGGAAAACAACUGCUGCCCCAUGUCCGCAUUUGGGACUCUGUUACCUUGAAUACACUACAUGUCAUUGGGAUGGGGUUCUUUGACCGGGCUGUCACUUGCAUUGCAUUUUCCAAAUCAAAUGGAGGGAGUAACCUUUGUUCAGUGGAUGAUUCCAAUGACCAUGUGCUUUCAGUUUGGGAUUGGCAGAGAGAAGAAAAGCUUGCAGAUGUCAAGUGCUCUAAUGAAGCUGUAUUUGCUGCCGAUUUUCAUCCUACAGAUACAAAUAUAAUAGUUACAUGUGGAAAAUCACAUCUUUAUUUUUGGACACUUGAAGGAAAUUCUCUCAUUAAAAAGCAAGGAUUAUUUGAGAAACAAGAAAAGCCAAAGUUUGUGUUGUGUGUGACAUUUUCUGAAAAUGGUGACACAAUAACAGGAGACUCAAGUGGAAAUAUCUUAGUAUGGGGAAAAGGCACCAAUAGAAUAAGUUCUGCAAUUCAAGGGGCCCAUGAAGGUGGCAUUUUUGCACUAUGCAUGCUGCGAGAUGGCACACUUGUGUCAGGAGGCGGAAAAGACAGAAAGUUAAUAUCUUGGAAUGGGAACUACCAAAAACUUCACAAAACUGAGAUUCCGGAACAGUUUGGGCCAAUAAGAACAAUAGCAGAAGGAAAAGGUGACGUUGUAUUGAUAGGCACGACUCGAAACUUUGUUCUACAAGGCUCCCUUUCAGGGGACUUUUCUCCUAUUACCCAGGGUCAUACUGAUGAGCUUUGGGGACUAGCAGCUCAUCCCUCCAAACCUCAAUUUUUCACUUGUGGACAAGACAAACACAUUACGCUUUGGGAUGCCAUCACCCAUCGUCCAAUCUGGAACAAAAUUAUAGAGGAUCCUGCACAAUCUUCUGGUUUUCAUCCAUCAGGAUCUACCGUUGCAGUAGGAACGUUAACUGGAAGGUGGUUUGUGUUUGACACUGAAACAAAAGAUUUGGUCACUGUACACACAGAUGGAAAUGAACAGCUGUCCACAAUGCGUUACUCACCAGAUGGCAACUUCUUGGCAAUAGGUUCUCAUGACAAUUGUAUUUACAUAUAUAGUGUUAAUGACAAUGGGAAGAAAUACAGUAGAAUCGGCAAAUGCUCAGGUCAUUCCAGCUUCAUUACUCACUUGGACUGGUCUGCAAAUUCUCAGUACCUUGUGUCUAAUUCAGGGGACUAUGAAAUCCUAUACUGGAUUCCAUCAGCUUGUAAGCAAGUAGUAAGUGUUGAAACCACUAGAGAUAUAGAAUGGGUUACUUACACGUGUACUUUAGGAUUCCAUGUUUUUGGUGUGUGGCCAGAAGGUUCAGAUGGCACAGAUAUUAAUGCCGUUUGUCGCUCACAUGAAAAUAAAUUGUUAUCAACUGGUGAUGACUUUGGCAAAGUGCAUCUCUUCUCUUAUCCAUGCUCACAGUUUAGGGCUCCAAGUCAUGUGUACGGCGGGCACAGCAGUCAUGUAACCAAUGUAGAUUUUCUAUAUGAAGAUACUCAUCUCAUCUCCACAGGGGGAAAAGAUACCAGCAUUAUGCAGUGGCGGGUCAUUUAGUGGAAACCUUGUAUGAAUAUGUGUAUAACCAAGAGCUGGCUGUGCAGGAAAGUUCUGUAUAAACUGUAUAUUUAAGAUUUAACAGUAUGGUUGCCGUUUAGCCUAGUCACUGUGAUUUUUACGUUUUGAAAUCCUUACAAACCUCAGGAAAGCAAAGUAUUUGGCUGGUUGCCGUACUUAUUUCAGUAAUUUGUUAAGCAUCGCUUCAAAACAACAACAGCAAACAAUACUUUAUCUCUCUCUCUCUCUCUUCGUUGUACAACAAAUGAAGCAGUAUACAUUUAAAAUUGAUGUUUAUGCAAAACAUGAACAGGACUUUUCUAUUAAAAUAGUCACAAACAUGCUUAUCUUAAUACUAUGGUUACGUGCUUCACAGUGUCAUUAUUUACACUUCGUACUGUCUAGCUGCAUAGUUACAAUAUCUAUGGUCACAAAAGUGAUGCUACUCCUAUUUCUGAUGAAGAAUGGAUACAGAAAGCUUAAGUAAAAAUGAACAAUAUCAAGAGAACGAGCCAUUAAGCAUUAUGGUUUUGCAAUAUAUAUUUUGAUGGUGCUUCCGUAUGUUUGCCAUGUUGAAACAAAAUAGUAGUCCUUUCAUCCUGUCAUGAAAAACAUGUUUAAAUAAGGAAAUGUGAAUAUUAGAAUAUUUGACACCUUUUUCUUUUUUCUUUUUCUGGCAUAGCAACCAUUAAACAGAGGACUAUAAUCCAACAAAAUUUAGUUGCAACUGAAUUUCUGUAGGAAAAACUCCAAAUGCUGUUCUGUUGCAACUAACUUAAGUCUUCGUGAUUUUGGAGAGGUGAACAUUUGCUGUAUUGUGUCCAGAUUUUUCUUCUAUUUCAAAUGAAACAGGUUCAACCCCAGUUUUAACUUGAACGUCUCAGCAGGGAUUACAGAUUCAGGUAACCUGGUUCAAAGUUAUUAUUUUUUUCAACAUAUAAAUCAUCAGGCUAUUUUAUUUUUCAAAAAGUAAUGCAUCAACUUGACCACAUCUCAGUUGAGAGAAUACACCAAUCUGUAUGUUGAUCAUCAUAACUAUUACUACUUUACAUAUGUGUAUAAUUAUUUUUAGCAAUUCAUAAGAAAUAGUAAGGCAUUCUAAGCUUUACUUGUCUAUUGCUUAUGGAUAUUGUAUAUUCGUAUUUUAAGGCCAAGUAGACUGUGUAUAAAGAGAACGUUCUAAGUGUACCACCAAUCUGUCGAAGAAAUGGGGAGAUGAACACACACGAACCAUUCGCAGAAACUGUUUGAUUGCACAAGCAACUCCUAUGUCCUUUGAAUUGUUUUAAGGGAAUCUGUAAAACAGACUGUAAGGAAGAGUUGCCCCAGGAUCCUUGCAAAGGACCCCUGUUCUUGAAUCGUGUGAUGGAGUCAUGUCAGUGAGCAAAAUGUCUGAGUUUGCCCUGAAAUGUCAAUUAAUAAUGCCCACUCUACCUGCUGUGUAUUUUGCAUGGACUGAUAUUUAUAGUACAAAAUCAGAUUGUGUUUCCCAGCAAAGUAAAAAGCGAAGGUGGGAUAAAGUAGUUCAGAGAAGGCCUUAUCAAUUCUGAUUGUGAUAUGAACUGAAAAUUAUUGUUUACAUUUGGGAAUGUAUCUAAAGAUUUUAAACAAGCAGGCUCUGAAAAAUGAAACAGUAAAGGAUGCUUUUUUUUAAAACAGUGAAUAAGCAACAUGUGAAUUAAUUAACUGAACUCUGAAGCACGGGCUGUUUAGAGUUAUUUCAGUGAAGAUGAAAUAAAUUUUGAAGCUUUUUUAUUACAUCUCCAACUUGCUGCACUGAAUGUGCAGGCCAUCAAUAAACAUAAUGUAUUAAAGUGAA